AUGGAAAGACAAGCUGGAUCCAAGUCCCCCUCCGACGCCGGUUCCAGGGCGCAGCCGCAAGAGAAGAAGGACCCGGCCCUUCCCAACCUCAACAAGGCCACGCGCCUUCCUCCCGCGGGCCAGCUGCACCCUCCCCAACUCAAGUACCCACCUGCCAUUUUCCGUGGGGACCUGAACGUUCCCUCCCACUUCCCCGUCUUUCCUGCCAGCAUGCAGCCCUUCCUCGACUUCAAUUCCCAGCCUCUGUGGGCUGGCAACAACGUCCCAAACUUCGACCCGUUCCUUCCCAUGCCCAACCUCCCCGGUCAGAUCGCGGGUCGCCCAGCUCACAGUGGCGGCAGUGGCUUCGGUUUCCCCCCGGCAGGCGCGAUGUUCAACCAAUUUGGACGCGAUCCUUUCAUGCAGCUUCCAGCUGGACCGUUCGAUUCCUUUGGAUCGAACCCCUUCAAUCUUGCCAUGGAUUCCAUGCACAUGCCUGCGGAGCCUUUGGUCAAGGUCGAAGACAAGGCUUCUUCCAUUCCCUUGAUCUGCCUGCUGUGCCCAAAGCAGCCCAAGUUCUCCGACGUCUCGCACCUACUGACACACAUCUCUUCCAAGUCCCACCUUGCGGCUCAGUUCAAGCUUCAACACUCGGGAAAGAACGAGGACAAGCGGACGCUUGAUCGAUACAAGCUUUGGAGUGACAGCAACGGCGUGGACAAGUUGGUCGAGAACCGUAUCGCCGCCAAGGAGCUGAAGAAGCCUGCGAAGAGGCUGCGCCUUACCAGCGUCGAGAAUACUACUGGGAAGAACGUCAAACUUGAGGAUGAUGACGACCUCGGUGUUCACUUGGACAAUGCUUCUCUGCGUCCCAAUGCCAACGCCUGGCACUUGCACGCACCACGCGACAACUCCUUCGAGACGCUUUACGCCAUUCCUCCCUAUAAUGACCACAGUGCCUACCCUUUCCCCGACUCGCCCCAGAGUUCUGCGUACAUCAAGCAAGAGACUUCGCGCUCGGGCACAGACACCGCCAACACCAGCUUCCUUCCAGAGGCUGCUGACGGUGAUGCUGGCGACGAGUCGUCGAAGCUCAAGGGAAUGGUGUACCCUGGUAUGGGUUUAUUCGAUGCUGCGACCCCAAUCCAGAAGCGCAAGCGCAACCAGAAGAAGCACGCGUCUGUUGUGCGUAACAUGGAAAUGGCGUCUGCUUCGAUCGGUCCGGACGAGGAGGUCUGGGACAACACCAUGUCUGAGGUCACCAGGACUAGAAAUGUCUACGACAGCCCGUCGAUCGAUGGAAGCCCGGAUUCCAAGGACGAGCUGCCUUCGACUACAAAGAAGCGUCGUAGCCGUCGCACCGCCGUUGCAACCGCUGGUCCCCGUCGACAGACCCGAGCAGCCACUCGUGCUGCUAAUAACGAGAAGGUGCGCAAGCGCCGCUCGGCACGCCAGAACAAAAAGCUUGUCAAAGUUGAGGAAGAUCUCGCAUCGGAUGAGGAUAACUCCAGUCAUCGUCUUGAUGACGAUGACGACGACGUUGUUGCGGGAGGCGAUAUCUUUCAAGGGCACCGCCAGAACAGGCAGGAUGCCAAUGGAGCACCUUCCGGCAACCGAUUCGAUCUCGCCUUUCGAAACGCCAUGCAUUCACUUCCAUCGAACACGCCCUUGAUGACAGCGUCCUCACUGUUUCCCCGCCCGAAUCAAAGCUUCUUUCCGGGCUUUGGUAUGAAGGAGAACGACGGCAUGGCCUUCUCCAUGCACCAGCCAGGAGCGAUGCCUAGCUACUUCGCUCAGCAUCGCCAGAAUGUGCAGAAUGCCAGCGGCUUCAAUCCUCUCUGCCUGCAGCGGCAGGAUAGUUACCCUUUUCUGUACGGAAGCCACUCUUUUGAGGCACCCAAGCCUCCUACUCCAGUUUUUCAAAACCUGAACGGCCCGGAUUUCGGCGCUUUGGAUUCCGCUCCUUCCUUCCAGUCUGGCCAAGCCCAACACGAAGACUUCGACGUCUGA